UUAUCUUUAUUUUUAUGAUUUUAUCCUUAUCUCUUCCUCAUAAUUUCUAGAUUAAAGGGCAAAACAGUCAUUUCCUAUAACCCUCCAUCUUCCCCCAUAUAUAUAUGGAAACACUUCUGUUAUGCAUUUUUAGCUCACUUCACUAGUUCACUACUUCACUUCACUCAACUUCACAUUUUCAUACAUAGUACAGUAGACUAGUAGAGUGAGAAACAAACAUGAAAGCUUUGUUUUGUUAUUGGGCAGUUAUAAUGACCGUUAUUACGGUUAUUAACGCUUGCCCGCCAUCAGACCGGGCAGCACUUUUGUCUAUUAAAGCUGCCCUUCAUGAACCGUAUUUGGGUAUCUUCAAUUCUUGGACCGGACCGGAUUGCUGCCACGGUUGGUACGGGGUGAGUUGUGACCCGUAUAUUCAUCGUGUUGCCGACAUCAACUUACGUGGCGAAUCCGAAGACCCGAUUUUUGAGCGGGCUCAUCGAACCGGGUUCAUGACCGGGUCGAUCUCCCCGGCUAUUUGCAACCUAAACCGGCUUAGUAGCCUUACUAUAGCUGAUUGGAAAGGGAUCUCGGGUGAGAUCCCUAAGUGUAUCACCUCGCUCCCUUAUCUUCGGACCCUUGACCUAAUUGGGAACCGGAUCACAGGUCGGAUUCCAAGUGAUAUAGGCCGGUUAAGGGAGCUUACGGUUCUUAAUUUAGCCGAUAAUAGUAUUACAGGUUCAAUUCCUCCAUCGAUCGUGAAUUUGGGUCGGUUAAUGCACUUGGACUUGAGAAACAAUAAGUUAACGGGUGAAUUACCAAGUGAAAUGGGUAAACUUACGAUGAUGAGUCGGGCUUUGUUGAGUGGUAACAUGCUUGGUGGGCCUGUUCCUGUUUCAUUAUCCAACAUCUAUCGCCUUUCGGAUUUGGAUCUUUCGCUUAACCGGUUAUCGGGUCAAAUACCCGAUAUGUUCGAUAAGAUGCCGGUUUUGGCAACAUUGAACCUUGAUGGUAAUAUGAUAUCGGGUCAGUUACCAAGGAGUUUGUUGAAUUCGGGUGUGAGUAUAUGUAACUUGAGCCGGAACGCCUUAGAGGGUCGGAUACCAGAUGUUUUCGGGCCGAGGUCAUAUUUUAUGGUUCUGGAUUUGUCUCAUAACCGGUUUAGUGGGCCAAUACCCAAGUCCAUUUCCUCAGCCUCAUACAUUGGGCAUUUGGACUUGAGUCAUAACCAACUUUGUGGGCCCAUACCAGCAGGAGCUCCAUAUGAUCACCUAGAAGCGUCGUCGUUUGUGUACAAUACUUGUCUUUGCGGCAAACCACUUAGCAAAAGAUGUUGAGAGUGAAAAAUGUAUCCAAGCUAUUUAAUACUCCUUUUGUCUUUAAAUUAAAAGUCUCUUUCUCUUUAUUAUGUGAGUAAUAAAUACUAGAAAGAGGUUUUGUAUUAAAGGACGGAAGAAGUACUUAUCUUGGUCUAUAAAUCCUCGAAAAUAUACUAUAAGCAUAUAUUUAUUUGAAUUUAUUCGUGUUAACAUCUCAAAAUCUUAUAGGUAGUUUGUUUUUUCUUGUUAUAAAUAAUUGAUAAAUUGUGUGUAAGUGUGACAAGAGCGGUAUUAUUAGAAACUUUGUAGGAAACUACCUAGUAGAUUUUGAUGUAUUAAGUAUUACUAGUAUACAAGAUAUUUUGUUUAUCCAAAGUGUUUGAGGGACAACAAUGUAAUGAGAAUGUUUAUGAAUGUAAUGAAUUGAUGGCAAUACGCCAAUACUUAGUCAA